UUCCUCGAUCUCAAAGAUAAUUAAAUGAAAUAAACAAAAUCACACAAUAUACAUUUUUCAAUCGAGAAGAAAUGGAAAAGCAAAGAAAGGAAGUUAACAAGAAGACAGGCAAAAAACCUCAGUAGUAGUUUAUGAAAUUUCCUUUUUGCUAGUUUAUGAGAUUUUUGAAGAAAAGGAAAUAUACCGGUUAUUGAUUGAAAAAAAUAGAAGAAUGAUUUAUCUUUUACGUUAUUUUAUAGGAAGUUUUUAUCAAAAUGGUAAAUUUCCAAGUCUUUCCUGUAGUUCCCGCCUCUAUAUAUAGCAACAACUCUUAAGCAAUUUUUGAUCAUCAACGAACAAUUUACUCUGUUUCUUUGUCAUCGAAAACAAAUAAUAAAAAAAAGAUGGAGAUCCCAAUCUGGGGAUGGUGUAUUAUCGUCGCAGCUAUAAUAAUCUUGGCGGUUUUGUCUAAUUUUCUCGGAAGGCGGUACUUGAAACCUCGUGAGAUAGAAGAAGAUGGUAAAGCGUCGUCUUCUGUGACUUUGGAGAAGAAGGAACCUGUUCCUGUGAAAGAAGACGGUAAGAGCAAGACGAACGAGAAGGCACGCGGUGAUAACCUCGUCUGAAGAAAAUUUUCAAUAUAUUAAUUUGCAGCCCUUGUUUUUAUCAUAUAGUUUUCUUAUUUUAAUCAAAGGUUAGACGCUCGAGAAUCUUUGAAAAUUUAUUUAUUUACGGUGUUGAUGAAAGAUUGAAAGAAUUAAUCUAAUAACGUUCUCUAUAACAUAGUCGAGAAUUCUUUAACGAUCAGUCUCUAGA